UUCAACAAAUUCAUAUCUAUUUUUUGCUCCACUCAAAAUACUUCUACUUGUUUACAAACAUAACAAUUAAAUUUCCACAGCUCUCCUCUGCCAAGAAGAAGAACAAGAACCGAGUUCUUCUUCAUUCUCAACUCACUAAACUCACUGUGUAAAAAGACUCAAUUUUUAUUUUUCUUUGGAAUGAGAAACUGACUCGGUUUCUUGAUUUCUGAGGCGGGUUCUUGAUUUUCUGAAGUGGGUUCUUGAUUUCUAGAAGAGGGUUCUUGAUUUUUGAAUUCUUUUUUUUUUUGGGAUUAUUAAUUUGGAUAUGAUGUCGGUUACAUGCCAUAAUCUUGAGUUUGGAAGAAUAAGAUUGGAUUUUGUGGGAUGUGGGUGCUCUUCUAAUGCAUCUCCCAAUCGAUUCCCUGUCAGAAAUUGUGCAGAAGGGAUGCUUAGAAAUGUCUGCAGGCCUCGGAAACUGUCGUGUAAGAAGCGCGAAGUCGGCCGGUGCCGCGUGUUUUCGACCAAGACUCCGGAAACUUUUCUCAAUGGAGUGACAGCUGGUCCUCCAACGGUGCUCGAUUCUAAACAAGAGAAGAAAGGCCCUUCGUCUCUGUCGGAUAUGUUUGAAGUGGUUGCAGACGACCUAUUAACCCUCAACAAAAAUCUACAAUCGAUUGUUGGUUCGGAAAACCCGGUUUUGAUGUCUGCUGCCGAGCAAAUCUUUGGAGCCGGUGGGAAAAGAAUGAGACCGGCUUUGGUUUUUCUCGUUUCAAGAGCCACUGCAGAGAUUGCUGGUUUGAAGGAACUCACAAUCGAGCAUAGAAGGUUGGCCGAGAUAAUCGAGAUGAUCCACACCGCAAGUUUGAUACACGACGAUGUAUUGGAUGAAAGUGACAUGCGUAGAGGAAAGGAAACUGUCCAUCAAUUAUACGGGACAAGAGUGGCUGUCCUAGCUGGCGAUUUUAUGUUCGCCCAAUCAUCUUGGUACCUAGCGAAUCUCGAAAAUCUCGAAGUUAUUAAACUCAUCAGUCAGGUCAUCAAAGAUUUCGCAAGUGGCGAAAUAAAGCAAGCAUCGAGCUUGUUCGACUGCGACGUACACCUCGACGAGUACUUAAUCAAGAGCUACUACAAAACAGCCUCCUUAAUCGCCGCCAGCACAAAGGGCGCAUCCAUAUUCAGCGGGGUCCACAGUGACAUCAGCGAACAGAUGUACCAGUACGGAAAGAACCUAGGCCUGUCGUUCCAAGUCGUGGACGACAUUCUCGAUUUCACCCAAUCGGCCGAGCAGCUGGGCAAGCCAGCUGCCAGUGACCUGGCGAAAGGGAAUCUAACGGCUCCCGUGAUAUUCGCGCUCGAAAAGGAAUCGAAGCUGAGGGAUAUUAUUGAAUCUGAAUUUUGUGAAAAGGGCUCCCUUGAGGAGGCGAUUGAUAUUAUCGAGAAAUGCGGGGCCAUCGAAAGGGCGCGUGACCUGGCGAGAGAAAUUGCUGACCGGGCCCUAAAGAAUCUUGAUUGCCUUCCGGAAAGUUCUUUCCGAUUGGGGCUCGAACAAACGGUGAACUAUAACUUGGAAAGGAUAAAAUGAAGAAGUUUUUGAAGUGAUUCUUGAAAAUGUGAGAUUUGAUGACAUAUAUAGAAAUUAUUAUAUAAAACAACUUGUGGUUGUAUAUUAUUUUUUAUAGGUACAAAGGGAAUGAUUAAAACUCCCAUUGUUGUUGUACACUAGUGAUUCUUGAUGAGAUGGAAGAACAUAUGUAAUUUUUAAAAAGCACAUAAAUUGUUGUAAACAUAACUCAAUCGUGUCCUUAAGCUUUGUGAUAGUUUACGCCUUGCAUCCUACGACGCACGGAAACUUUUG